AUAUUUAAGUGUGUGAUUAAAUUCAAAAUGAUCGUGUUCAAAUAUUUUAUCACGAAAGAAAACAAUAUACGAUUCAUCGUAAAAUAAGCUAUUGAACAAUAAAAUUUUAAUUUCAAUUAACAAUUAAUAAUUAUUAUAAGAACAUAUUAUAAAUUAUUAAAAAUUCCAUUUUUUUAUUAAUUUUAUUUCAAAUAUUAUAACCUUUUAUAUGUCAAAAUUAAAUUUUCAUUUAUAGAUAAUUUGCUAUGUAUUGCUUUUAAAUAUAUAGUUAUAUUAAAAUAUUAAUUAAUUGUUAUAUUAAAAUAUUAAUAAAUAUUAAUUGUUUUUUUAAGAAAAGGAUAAGUACAUAAUAGUAUGAGUAAACAGAAGUAAAUUAAAUUAAUCUGUGAUAAUCGAUAAUGAUUAUGGUACGUAUAAAAAUUAAAGAUGUAAAAUAAUCUAAUUAAGAUUUUUUUAACUUUAUUCUAUAUUUAUUGCAUUAAUUAUCAAUAACUUAUCAAAAAUAUAAAUCUAAUAAUUUUUUGAUAUAUUAAUAUAUUUUUAUCGUUUUUACAAGAAAGAGAUAUUUGUUUAAGAAAAAAGAAAUAUAAAGAACAUUGUUACAUAAAACAAUUGAAAUUUAUAAAUAACUUCGUAUGAAUAUUAUAUUACGUUAUAACAUUGAUUAUAAUUACUUGCUGCAACGAAUUUAUCUCAUCAUCCAAUGAAUUUAAUCUAAAUUCAUUAUUGUUUUACUUAUGAAUAUUUUCAAUUUAAUUACAAUCUCAUCUCAAUAUGAAUUAUAUCGAUUUAAUGUUCAAUUUCAUGGAUAUUUGGAUGAUAUCCAUCGUUAAUUCAUCCUAACUUGAAUCAUUAUAGCUUUACUGGAACAUUCGAAACACUUGAAACAUGUGUACUGUAUGUAAUGCCCUAAACGCAUACAGAUGUCAUUAGUUCAUUGUAAUUCAUGAAACUACGAUGCAACAUAACACAGUAUAUAUGUUCGUGCAAAUUUGUCCCUUUCGGCAUGCCGAUAAUGACAAGGCUUCUGGCGUCAUGUUGAUAAGAUGGAUAAUUGAUAUAUGUUCCCUAGGGAUAUGCAUAUAUGUACAUAUAUACAUAUAUACGCAUAUAUAUUUUCUUAACUUAUAUGUUAAUAUAUUCGUACGAUAUUUUUGAAGAGUUAAUUCUAGAAAUCAAUUCUAGAGGAAAAAAACAUUAUUCUCGUCUCACUUUAUCUAAUGUAAAUUAUUUGUUAAUAAAUUUAAUCGAUAUUUUUUUAUAUUAUUUUUGUGUUUCUCUUAACUGCUUGAAUCGAUCUCUCACACGAACAUAUUAACAUUUUAUUAAUAUUAAUAUAUUAAUAUUAUUUAUAUGUUAUAUAAAAAUAUAAAAAGUAAUGCUGGAUAGAAUAUUAUAAAAUUUUAUUUUAUAGUCGAGUAACAAUUACUGUUACUGCUAUUAUAUAUAUAAUUACAUUUAUUUGUAGGACGAUAUCAGAAAAUUGGAAUUGUUUAUCGAUCGCUUUACAAAAGAUGCAUGGAUCCGUUGAUAACUUGGAUGCUUAUUGUUAGAAUAAUCAACAGGAAACGAAACGAAUUCGAUUUCGUUUCCUUGUGUUGAUCUUUUGCACUGCAAUAACUUCUGACUGUGUACCCAAUGAGGAGAACAUAUAACUAAUAUACCAUGUUAGAAUAUGAGACAUGUGCCAUAGCAGAUGAUGUUUCAUAAGAAAACUUUCAUAGUUCCACGAAUCUAACAAUAUUAAAUUCUAUGUUAUUUUCCAAAGUAUUCCUCAAGUUAUGUUCCAUGUAAUUAUACAGUUUAUUAAGAUAAUAGUAUUUAUAUUGAAAACUAUAGAGAAUUUAUUAUCUAUAUAUAAGAUACUGAAAGUUCUUCGUUUCUAGUAUUAGUAUAGCAUAUAUGUACAAUAUAAAGCAUUUAUGAAUUUUUCUUGGAUUUAGUGGAAAUUGUAUUUAGUGCGACAUAUAUGCGAUUAUAUUAUUGUGCGAUGUGAUUUUACUAUAUCACUCUUUUGUAGAAAUAAUGAAUCGAAGCACAGCAUUAAGAAAAUCGUUUAUUAAAAUUGCAUUAUUCGAGUUUUACAGGAUGUUAAUGAAAAUGUAGGUCUCCAUUCUCUUGACUUUUAUGGAUAGAUCGUAAAAGACGCAUAACAUUAUAACUGUAUACAAGUUUUCUAAGAAAUAACUAUGUUCCAAUCAAAGAUUUACUAAGUAUAUAAAUCAAUCUAUUUUAUAAUUCAAAUAAUAUGAGAUAUUUUUUCAAUAAUGUAAAAUAAUCUUUAUCAAUAUAACUUAAUUUAAUGUUAAUUAAUAUAUAAAUUAUUCUACUUAAUUUUCAUUCUUACAUCAAUUUGACACAUAUGCUACAAUGCUUUAUUAUCUUAAAACAAUUUAUACGAAUAAUUUCUUAUUCGAUUAGAAGAAAGUUAUUUUUUUUAUUUUUAACAGAAACUUGAAUAUUUAAUUAUUUAUUUUUUUAUUAUAUCGAGUUUUUAUUAUUAAAUAUCAAAACACGAAAGAAGUUUGAAAAAUGAAAAACAUAUAUAUAUUAAAGAUUUAUUUGGAACAUUAUAUAUGCUUUUGUUUAAAUUAAAAAAUAAAAGGAAAUAAAUUAUCUAUAACAGAUAAGAAAAAUUCGAAAGUAUUAAUGUUAUCGAUAUCAGUUAUAGUUUUCUCAAGAUUCGUUAGCAACAAUUGAAAAAUUUGACCUCGUGUUCGAGAAAAUGGCUAUCUCAGAAAUUCAGGGCGAAGGUUCCAGAGGUUCCGGUUACGAUACUCACUACAGGUCGUCGCCAUGUACACGCUAGUAUCGUGGCAAGAUCCGGACGAAGGAGUAUCAGGAAGAAUGGAAAGGGGAAUGUCGGUCAGUGGGCCUUUCCUUGCAAUGACGGUACUCCGUUUAACGCCUUGGGGCUACCUAGGAAUGUUGGAACAGCGUACAACUUGAUGUCUCUCCUUUUCUUUCUCAAAUCUUUUUUCCUUUUCUUCUUUGUACACUCCUACUUCUCUAAAUUAAUAACAUUUAUCUCUAUACAGCAUACAUGCACUUCCUUCUGGAACGUUAUAAAAUAAAUUUGAUGUACAAGAUGCAACAUAAACCUGCCGGUUGAUCGAACAUUGAUUAUGGAUAAGUUUCAUGGAAGUUUAUGGUGUAUAAUUUAUGUAAGCAGCUAAAAGUUUCCGUUACGCGCAGCCGAUAACGCGCGUAGGAAAAGAGGAAGCGCGUUCGAAAGAACGUUUACGCUUACUCGAACAGCGCCGUUUCGUUUGAAACGUUAACACGGAUGAACCCAGGCCACUGAACGAGAGCAAUGGACGGUCGCGAAACGGCCACGGUGAAACGGGCGCGGUUCACUGCAUAUUUCCAUGCCGGUGUAGCCCAGGAUAUCGCGAGUACCGUAAAGGUGAAGAAGCGGGUCGUUGCCGGAUCGAAUUCCGCGCGUACCAGUCCACAGAACCACAUUAAUUUUCAACGUGCGCGCUAGAAUUACACCGGAUCCUUUCGUUCAGUGAGAAAAAUGGAAGUAUGCUGGCUCUCCUCCCUACGGAUGCAACCGCUGCAACCGCACUUUUUCGUGUCUACAGGCAAUACUGCGGGAGUACCGUAAAGUUGGAAGGAGCAAUACGUUCUAGAAUCGAAUUCCGGACGUGUCUGUGCGAGCUACAUGAAUUUUUCCCAAGGUUCUUCCCGUUGAGUAUCGCGCUGACUAUUUGACUGCUUAAAUAAAAGAAAAAAAAAAGGAAAAAAGAAAAUAAGAAAGAGAAAAAAGAAAAAGAGAUUAGGAGGGAUCCAUGAUUGUGACUUCUGACUACUUGAAUAAAAAAAAAGAUAAGGAAAUAGAGAGAGGAGGAAAGAAGAAAUAGGAAGUAUCACGUUGUAGGAUAUGGAGAUUAGAAGAGAUACGGAUCUACCGUUGUGAUACGAGAGGAAAUCGAGUGUUUGAAAGAUCGUUGAAUACGACUUCGUAAUUACGGAUGGUUUUGGGUCAUUUGGUCGAUCGAUGACCCGUUUCAUCUACUAUUGAAAUGUUAUAUGUUACACGGAUACACGUUUAAUUGCCGGAGUUUUAUCCGGAGCAAAGCAAGAAUUUUAUUAUUUACCGCAAAGGAGGAGUUUCAGCCGGCGAAAUUUUAGAUGUGAACGAAUCCAACAGGAUCGACGGUUACCCGUGUUUCCUGGUGUUACGUCGGUGUCCAGAGAUUGUGGCGUACGUCGACAGGGCCGUAGAAUUCUAGAAGGGGGUCAUCAUACGAGGCCGGCUCCGCCGAACGCACCGAGCCAGGACAGUAUACGAACGUCAUUCGGCGCGGACUGAGCGGCGAAAGGCGCGUUACCUGCCGAGCGGUACCGCAAUUUCGAAUCCAAGUCUGCCUCUUUCGUUUCGUGUCUCUCUACGAAAGCAUUACUUCCAAGGGAAAUAGGGGUUGCGAUUCAGUGGAACGAUCAUCGUUCGACAUUUUUAUCGAACGAUCGUUCACGAUUUUCUGUCGUUUGCCAAGUGCGAGAAGAGGGAAGAAAAAGAAAACACAGACAUAUAUAUAUAUAUAUACACAGACGCACGAGAGAAGAUCUACGGAUUGUUUCACGGAGAACGGUGGAUUAAUUGGCUGCACGUUUCCACGCGUGUGAAUUAUAGAAAUCGAGAUAUAGCGGUCGAUUAAAAAAAUCACUUGAUGCGCUGAGGAUGCGCCGUGAUUUCUGCAACGGUGGGCUUGCCUGUGCCGUUGUGUGGGUGUCAUCGACCUGCUGGCUCUUACUGUCUUUCUCAUCCUCGGUCACAGCAGAACCAUCACUGAAGGCGGUAGGUCGAUGCCCAGCCUUCGAGGAGCAAAAUGUAUGUCCGGCAAGGGCACCAACUUGUGAAAAUGACUUCCAGUGUCAGUCAGCGGGUGAACGUUGCUGCAAAACAGCUUGCGGAACAAAAUGCGUCAACGGUGAGUUGACAGGAUGUGAGCAGCUGGCGCAGGCAGCCGUGAGAAGAUUUCGUGCUCUUGGUCCACGUGGACCCGCGCAAUUUAUACCAAAGUGCAACAACGAGACAGGCGAAUUUGAGAGGAUACAAUGCGACCCACGGGAAAAGCAAUGCUGGUGCGUGGACGAGAUCGGGGUAGAGAUCCCGGGCACCAGGGGAAACUCUAUGGACGUGAUCGAUUGCGACAAUCCUCGAGAAUGUCCCGCGCAUACCUGUCGAAUGCUAUGCGUAUUGGGUUUUGAGAUCGAACCGAAAACUGGCUGCCCUAAAUGCGAGUGCCGAGAUCCUUGCCGCGGUAUCACCUGUCCAGGGACCAGUCAAACGUGCGUGUUGAUCGAUGCAACGUGUGCCCGUCCACCGUGUCCGCCAAUUCCCAGCUGUCGCAAAGCAAAGUCACUGUCCACGAUAUGCCCGGCUGGGGAACCGUUACAGAUCACAGAUUCACCUAGGCCAUUUCUCUGCGGCGAUGAACCGGGUAAACCAAGUUGUCCGCCAAUGUACAGCUGCCUGGUUGAACCGAAGCAGGAAUACGGUGUCUGUUGUCCAUCGAGCAUUAAUCUGAAGAGGCCUGGAACGUGCCCGUUAGAGGAGGCUGCGAUAUGCGGUAACACGUGUCAACACGAUUUGGAGUGUCCUGGUCCUGAGAAAUGUUGCAAGAGCGAGAAAUGCGGCGGUAGUGUUUGUUCUGUGCCGCAAGGAUUGAGUGCUUGCCACAGAGAUCGGGUAUUGGUGGAGAUGCUAAGUAUCUCUGAGAGGCAGGGACGUGGAUACGUUCCUCAAUGCUCUGAAGAUGGAGGAUAUGAGAGUAGACAAUGCUCGAGAAACGGUUUGGUUUGCUGGUGCGUGGAUAAUAAUGGUCGAAAAAUAUCCGGUACCAUGGGGCCGGCGGAUAAAGUAGAUUGUAAAUCGGUAAUGAAAGGGAGGUCCCUUCCGGCUUCCUGCGUUUCGCAACAGUGCGCUCAGGUGUGCCAGUAUGGAUUCAAAACAGAUGCUUCCGGAUGUCCGACUUGCGAAUGUGACAAUCCUUGCGAAGGUUUUCCAUGUCCAAUAGGUGAACAAUGCGUUUUGCAUCGUGAAGACGGAUGUCCGGAUUUUCUCUGCCCAACCAGACCGGAAUGUAAACCGAAGAAAGCUUACCAAAGUCCUUGUGUUUAUGGAACUCCUCUAAUCGAUGAUGAACGGAACGCGGUAACCUGUUCUAAGAAUGACACAUGUCCCCAAGGCUACAAAUGCAUCGUUGUACCGGAAGCUGGGCAAUCAGUAUGUUGCAUGACGUCAGCAAAUUCAACAAAAACGCAAACUAUGUGUGAAUACUUGAGGGAAUUUAACGAACGUAUGGAAGGAACCAGAGAAGAUAUGUCUCUAGCAAUUCCACCGCCUCAAUGCGAAAAAGAUGGCAGUUACAAGCCUUUGCAAUGCCACAACGGUACUUGUUCCUGCGUGAAUGAUCGCGGUGUUGUCCUAAAAAGCAGCGUGAACCGUAGCAGCGAUUGCAAAGAGAUAAAAGAUCUUCUCAAGUUAUGCGGAUCUCUGUCCUGUGACUUGGCAUGUCCUUACGGUUUCGAGGUGGAUGCGACAGGUUGCGAACAAUGUCGUUGUCACGAUCCUUGCAAAGACGUCUCAUGUAGUCCACACGAAACUUGCACGAUAGUCGAUGUGAAUUGCGGAUUAGGACAACACUGUCCAGCGGUUCCAGCUUGUCUGGCUACCAAACCGGGCCAGUGUCCAUAUUUAGUACCAAGUUCGUCAAGUUGCGAGCUACAAUGUAGCAAUGAUCAAGAAUGUUCAGCUACAGAAAAGUGUUGUUCUACGGGGUGUGGAACACAAUGUGUAGCUCCUGUGAUGGCUACCGCUUGUCAACAUGCACGUGCAGUAGCGGAACACGCGGCCAGAGAAUCCGGAGAGCCGGCCAGAAGAAUUUACAUUCCCAGAUGUGAUAUCAACGGAGCAUUUGAACCAGUUCAAUGCCAUAAUGGGAUGUGCUGGUGUGUGGACAAGGAGGGCAGAGAGGCGGCAGGUACUCGUGUUCUCGAGGGAAUAGUGCCAAAGUGUAACACGCCGCUCAGAUGUCCGGAGAUUGAUUGCAAAUUGGACUGUUCCGAUGGAUACGAAUUGGAUCCCGAUAGCGGUUGUCCAACGUGUUCCUGCCGAGACCCCUGCAAAAGCGUGACUUGUCGGGGUGAAAAUGAAGCUUGUAGGAUGGUUGAAGUAGCUUGUAGUGUACCACCAUGUCCCCCUGUACCAGUCUGUUUACCGAAAAAGGAUAAUCCAUGUCCGAAUGGAUCUCCUUUGUUAAAUCAAAAUGGUUCUCCAGCAAUUUGUGGGCCACACGGUCAACAUUGUCCAUCCACGCACAAGUGCGAACUGUCUCCUUUGGAUGAAUACGCUGUAUGCUGUCCAAAACCUCGCGAGAUUUGUUUCGAACCACCGCGAAAAGUAUCGUGUAAUCUAGGGAUGGAUCUGAACGAGACCGAAAGAUGGUACUUUGAUCCGGAACGUAACGAAUGCAGGAUAAAAACUGAAUGUACUCUGGGUCAUAAUGAUUUCUCUAGCCGUUUGGUAUGUGACACUGUAUGCCCUGUGUUGUCACAAUGCGAACGACUUAGAGAGAAGAAUUUGAAAACAUCUCAAAGAUUAAAGCAACCGACAUUUUUACCCAGAUGUGAUUCAGAGAACGGCAUGUGGGAACCUGUACAGUGUUUAGAACAUGUCGGUGUUUGCUGGUGUGUCAAUGGAAAGGGUCAGCCAAUGAAAGGUUCGCUUACUAGAGCACCUGAACCGAAGUGUAACUUUAGGCAGGCGAGACGAGGAGGUAGGGGGCCGAUAAUUCAAGAAAUCGACCGUGAAAUUCAGGCGUUCAUGGAGAAUGCUCUAAUUAACUUGGAAACCGACGAGAAGCAAAUUGGGAAAGUAUUGGGUACGAGAUGUCAGGCGAUGAAGGAUAAAGGUCACGUCCCGGCAAUUUGCGAUCGUCAGGGUAGGUUUGAGCCAAUGCAAUGUGCUGGUGAUACAUGUUGGUGUGUUGACGAAGCGGGUAAUCAACUCAUAGGAUCGGAGCCUUUCCUAAAAGGAACAAAUAUUUGCUUGCCAACUCCAGUAGAAGCUGUCGAAGUUACUUUACGUUUCCCCGGUCGAUUUCUUGCCGAUGAUGAAACGAAACUUAUCAGACAAACAGAGGAUCUUCUUCGUGAUCUAGGCGCCAGAAUAAAAAAUGAUGUACGGGUGGAAAUCAAUCAAGACUCAGCUAUAUUAAGUUUCGAAGUAAUAGGUCCAAAUAAAGUAGAUGUAGCAUUUCAUUUGGAAGAAUUAACCAGAAUACAAAAGCUCUCUAUGUUGGGGUCAUUUGCGGAUGCGACUACUUCUCGAUUCACACAUAGAUCACCCCCAAUGGCCAUGCAAAGUAGAAUUGUAGCAUUGGAACAACGGGAAAUUCUUACAGAAGUAGAAACACCUGUUUAUCAAACAGCCACUCUUGUCUUAGCAGCAGGAAGCGCUUUUAUAAUUAGCAGCUUGCUCAUUUUAUUAAUGUUAUAUCGUAAAAAGAUAAAAAUGAAAGAUCCAUCUAAAACAUUAGCCGCAGAUCAACACUUUCUUGCAUACCAACAACCUGUGUAUGUAAUAUCAAGUAUAGAGCAGGAAGAGAAGAAGAAGGAUAUUACCGAAGUGCAAGAGAGUACGUCGGAUGUGGUCGUCGGCACAUAGAACAGAUUAAGAAUUAAAUGCGUAGAUUAUUGUUAUCCGCGAAUAUAGUCAUGAUCGAAGUUAUGUCUACGUAAUUCUUUCCAUAUUUCGAUGAAAUAUUUAUUCUUUAAAUACAAGAUGCACAAUUGUUAGAAUCGAUGGUCGACCGAAUAGAUUGAUACUUCCUUCAUUGUGGAUAUCACAUAAUUGAUCCACGAUAUAGGAUAUAACAUGUAACUGCGAUUUUUAUAAGGGAAACUAAAAAAGAAAGAGAUUCGGUCUGCUGUCGAGGAACAAUAGUUCUUAUUUAGAACAAUUUAAUUUUCUCGCGGAUCUCUGUUUCGUCUCGAACGUAUCAGAGUUACUAACGCAAAAAUGUCCUAGCCUGAAGAAGAAACGCAAGGAUAUCGUUGCGUUAAAUGUAUAUCAUGGGUGUAAAUAUUAGACUCAUAUUGUGUGUUCGUUUAUUUAUAUAGCUCAAUAAAGAUCGGAAAUUCCUUUA